CAUACGAGAGGGGCUUUAUUUGCUAUAUUUUCUUCAUUUAUGCAUGGGGGUGAUGUUUUUAAAGGAUGAUUGUAUGCUUGUGUUUUCUGUCUGGAAUGGUGAGAAUGAAGCAUCCCAAACCAGAUUUUUGUAUUUGCUUGUAUUUGCACGCAACUUGAAUGCGCAGCACGAGCAUUUCGAAUGCCCGUAUCGAGAGCGUUUUAAAUGCAAAUGCUGCUGCUUUUAUAUGGAAAAGUGCAUGUGAGUGAGGCAGAUGGAUGCUGCCUUGUCGCCAGGCUGAGUGACGAAGAGGAGGCUGAAGGAAGGGGCUGGGAGCGGGGGGUGCAGAUGUGACUAAUAUUGCGCGGAUGGUGUGUCAAGUGUGGCGUUGCUCGCCUGCAGUUCACGGGCUCGGAGCGGCUGGGGAUGCGCAAGAAGCAGCAGCUGCAGGUGCACCAGGAAGCCGCCGCCGUCGCAGCCGCCAGCGUCCUGCACGCCCGCCACGGGAUGGCUGAGGCCCCCGCCAACGCCUCCAACGCCUGCUGCUUCUGCUGGUGCUGCUGCUGCAGCUGCUCCUGUUUAACUGUUCGAGGUGAAGACGAGACAAUCCAGAGGUCCGCUUGCGAUCGCAGGACGGAUGCUGCAAAUCACUGUGAAGACAGCCCCAAGCCCACACUGGAGGACGCUCGAUCCUGGACGACAUCCUUCGAGAAGGUGAUGAAGAGCGCGGCGGGGCGCGCCUGCUUCCGCCAGUUCCUGCGCACUGAGUUCAGCGAGGAGAACAUGAUGUUCUGGCUGGCCUGCGAGGAGCUGAAGAAGGAGACCAACAAGACGGUGGUGGAGGAGAAAGUCCGGCAAAUAUACGAGGACUUCAUCUCCAUCCUCUCGCUGAAGGAGGUCAGCCUGGACUCGCGCGUGCGUGACGUGAUCAAUCGCAACAUGCUGGAGCCCACCUCGCACACCUUCGACGACGCCCAGCAGCAGAUCUACACGCUGAUGCAGAGAGACUCCUACCCACGCUACAUCAACUCGGCCGCCUACACCGAUCUGCUCACGAGCCUGGAGGAUCCUCCGCCAACACCGCCGCCUCCAAAGCCAUAGAAGAUUCGCCGUUAGCUUUAAAAAUUCAAAAAAAAAAAAAAAAAAAGCUGCACACAUCCCAAUGGAGUUUCGGUUGUGUCCCCCGCACCUAUGGCAAGCCCUCAAAUGUCUAUUUUUCUACAGUGCCAGGCACUUGAUAUUGCACUUUUCUACUUGUUUCCAGGAGGAAGGGGCGAACGUAUUUCGCUGUCCAUCACGAGCCUUAAAAAUAUAGGCAGGUUUCAUUUUGACACCCAUUUAGAAGACAUGGAGUGCCUUUGGGACAAGAUCUUCUACACAUUUGACUUUGGUGCUUUUCAGCUCUUCUCCAGCUUAUACACUGUACCUGGAAAUGAUGACACAGAUCAUUUGUAUAUUCUCACAUAGAUAUAAGAUAGACGACUAGAUAUAGCACUAUAGUUAUAUCUCCAGAUAGUGAUAAUAUACCGUCCGCACAUUUGGAUACUGUGAUAUGCGUCAUUUUCUACAAGGAAAGACGAUGUGAAAACAUGUCCGCCGCUCAAGUUGUGUGUCAGGGCAAAUUUGUGUCAAAGUAGUUAAAUAAAAGCACAAUUAUGUUUUGAUGG